CAUCACAGAGUCUCUCACUGCUCACCAUGGUGCCUCUCCGGUCUCUUACGAUCUCACCAAUAACCCAGCUAACACUAGCCCUGCUAGUUACGCUACCGACCGGUGGUCUUGGUUUAUGCCCCGACGACUGGCUGGAAUUUAACGGCAGCUGCUACUAUGGAUCCAACUCAAACUUCUCAUGGCAUGGCGCCAGGCAGAUUUGUGAGGAGAUGCAGUGGGGCGCUCAUCUGACCUCCAUCGCUACCGAGGAUGAGAACGCCUUCAUCAACAGUCAGUUUGGCCAUCUUCAGCCGUGGAUCGGACUGAAUGAUAUGGACACCGAGGGUGACUGGAAGUGGGCCAACGGGGAAUCCUUGGUAUACACGAACUGGGAUGCCGGACAACCUGACAACACGGAUUGUGAUUGUGCCUACAUCUGGAAAACCGAGGGCGGAACCUGGGACGACACCUACUGCAACGUGGCCUUCCACUUUGUCUGCGAACUCACCGCUCUCUAAACAAAUGCAUCCGUCCAAUGGGUACAAAAUUAAUAUCGAAAAGCAACAUUGCCGUUUUAUCUAUAAAAAAGUGUUGUCUUGCAAUGUUAUACGAGUUUUUCUCGAAUACUUUCGAUUCGAGUGUUUGCGCUGGAAUAAAUAAAGGCAUUUAUUUCGAA